AUGGAGGACACAGAAGGGGGUCCUCACCGGAGAAAGAGGACCACCUUCAGAGUUGGGCAGCUGCUGGAGCUGGAGCGGGUGUUUGCAGCAUGGCCCUACCGUAUCAGCACUCGUGAGCACCUAGCCCGAUUCACCUGCCUGCCCAAAGCCAAGAUACAGAACUGCUGUUCUCUUCCAGAUGGCCCUCAGCAGCCCUGGGAACCCCAAAUGGUGGGCCAGCCUCUACCUGCCACCAGCACAGCUCCUCGUGCCUCAGUGCGUCUGCAGGCUUUCGGUAAAGCUCCCAGAUGGGCUCUAGGGCAGGGCUGGACAGGGGCUAAAGUUGCAGCCCCAUGGGGACCAGCUGGGGUUCCAGGAGUCCACCCUUCUUUGGAGUGAGCUACUCCUCAGACCUCACUAGGCAGCCCCUCUGACCUUAUUUAAGCCUUGGCCAUUGUCACCAAUGUGGAUCACUCUUAA